AGUGUAUAGUGCAGGAAACUGAAAUCUCCUGAGUUCAAGGAAAGAGAAACUUAAGUGUAGUGGAGGUGUUGUGUCACUCUGGAUGAUGGAUAAAAAUGUACCCCCAAUACAGUAUCUGCAACAGUACAGAGGACAGAGAAACAGAAAAUAGAAGAUUAGACCAAAGUCAUGAGUGAAAUCAGGAAAAGGCUACAGCAAGUUGAGCUGAAGGACGACCUGAGGGACUGGAGCAAGAAAUCAGUGAUCUGAUUAGGAAAAACGCUGCUGGAGCAGCUUUCACACACACAGGAUCACAUCCAUUUCCUGCAGUCAUAUUCAGCAACAUGGAUAUCAGGACCAGAAACAACUUCCUACAGUAUCACAAUCAGCUCACCCUGGACCUGAACACAGUGAAUAAACACCUCCGUCUGUGUGACAGGAACAGAGUGAUUACUGGUACUCUCACAGAGCAGCCAUAUCCCGAUCAUCCAGACAGAUUUGAUGGAUAUAAUCUUCAGGUUUUUUGUAGAGAGAGAAUCUGUGGACGCUGUUACUGGGAGAUUGAGUGGAGUGGGUUGUUUGGUGUGGAUAUAUCAGUGUCAUAUAAAAGCAUCAGCAGGAAAGGAGAGGGUGAUGAAUGUGUGUUUGGACAUAAUGAUCAAUCCUGGAGUUUGUUCUGCUCUCCCUCUAGAUACGUAUUUGUUCAUAACAACAUAAAGGCUGAACUGCCUGUAAUGUCCAGCCAUAAAAUAGGAGUGUAUGUGGAUAAGAGUGCAGGAACUCUGUCCUUCUACAGUGUCUCUGACACAAUGAGCCUCAUCCACACAGUCCAGACCACAUUCGCUCAGCCGCUCUAUGCUGGGUUUUAUGCAUUUAUUGGAUCAUCAGUGAAACUGUUUUGAUGAAUCAGAAUAGAUUCUAGACAUUGCUGUAUAAUUUCCCUGUAUGUCUGCACUGCAAUAAUAUGUGUGUUUGCACUGUCUGUACUUUCUUCUGCACUGAAACCUCCGGUCACUAAAACAAAUCACUUGUGUGUGCAAACAAGCUCUUUUUGAUUCUAGAAAAAAAAAAUUCUACCCAUAAUACUUUGAGCUGCAUGAUAAAUGAGUGUUAAUUAUUUAUGAUAUUAUUUUUAGUUUUGUAUGUUGAAGAUCUAAUUUAGCUUUUUUUAAAAUGACACUUAGAAGUUGUUAUAUACUAUUUAAGAUAAUAUGUGAAAUAUGUUGAACUCAUUGAUUGGAUAUGACAAUUAUUAUUACUAAAAAACUGUACUCAACAUAAGUGAGUUCAGGGCUGGGCCAGGCUGAAAUAAUAAACUGUUCUGAUUCUUGUGCCUCAAAAAUUAUAUUCAUUAUUUUUCUCUUUACACUAAUUCACAAAGUGUAAUCUUUAAUGUUGCUAAUUUCUGAAUUAUCAACAGCAGACUGCUGUUGACUGCUGUCCACUGGCAUUUUGUAUGCUGACAUCUCUAAGUUUUUGAAAGUCUGUGUCUUCAGUAUGUCUCAGUUUCUGUUGUUUCUUUGGUAUAGAAAAGUCUAUCAUUAAAGGGGUC